GUGUAACAAAAAAAUAGUGACGAAAAUUUCGCGCGUUUUAUGAUUUCAUUUAUGAGUGUUAGUACAUUUUAUUAUCAUUAUGAACGGACAAGAAAUUGCUAUUGCUGUUGCUGUGCCAUUAUCUACGAAUGUCUCUACCUUGAAAUGCGACCAAUAUUACACUUGACUAGCGCGUUCCCGCCCUUCCCCCACUACUUAGUUCUCGCGCGUGCCGUAUGCCGUGGUAGCGCUGCCAUAGUAGCAGCUGAUCCAUGGUACGGUAUGGAGCAGUCGUGUUCGUACCGCGUUUCGUAGUGUGUUUGUACCGGUACGAGUGUACGAUGUUUCUCUGCCUUUACUAGUUUUAUCAUAGUGAAUCUCGUGCACGGUAUUCGUGAUAAGUGACUAUUCUAAAUCUAGUGUUUGAUCAAUUCUUCUGCUGACACGUUGCGAAACAGUGAAAGGUAAAGAGGGACGAGCAAGAGAACGACGAAGGACGAGCAAGAAGAAUCCACCACGAUACGUUUAUCACGAAAAACUGGGGAGCUCGGCACGGGUAAAAAGGAAGUGGCUGGGUGGUCCGUGGCGAAGAUAGCUUCUGGACCGGUGUCAACGGAAUGUGCAAUGAGCUAAUGGCGUAACCGGGAGCACGAGGCCCUGAAACCUUGGCCUCGAGUAACCCGCCGUGACCACCCCAUCGUGACGUCUGCAUCACCCACGUGUCGUCCAAAACACGUCCGAGUACGGGUAACGUGGUCGUCGUUCGCAACGACGACAUGUCGUUUUUGCUGAGCAGAGGCGGCCGAAAAGGGCCCAUCAUCUGUUUCGUCGGCCUUCUUCUCAUCUUCGCCCUCUAUCAACUAGGCAUCAUCUGCGGAUCGAUGAAGUACGUGCCAACGGCGAUGAUGAUUGCCAAAGAGAAAUACGUGGUGGGCCCGUUCGAUCACAAACGAUACACGUACGAUCGUUACAUGCCGCUAAUUUUCAUCGGUGGCGUGCCACGAUCGGGAACUACUCUUGUACGCGCCAUGCUCGAUGCACAUCCCGAUGUCAGAUGCGGACAGGAGACACGUGUGAUACCGAGAAUUCUGCAGAUGAGGAUGCAUUGGCUCAAGUCCGAGAGGGAGAAUCUGCGUCUUUCGGAAGCUGGAAUUUCGAAAGAAGUAAUGGACAGUGCUAUAGCAGCGUUCUGCUUGGAGAUAAUAGCGCGACACGCGGAACCAGCGCCACGGUUAUGCAACAAGGAUCCCCUUACCCUCAAGAUGGGAUCCUACAUUCUCGAUCUCUUUCCAAAUGCCAAGUUUAUCUUCAUGAUCCGCGACGGCCGUGCCACCGUGCAUUCCAUUAUCUCGAGAAAGGUAACCAUAACGGGUUUCGAUCUAUCCUCGUAUCGACAGUCGUUGAUCAAAUGGAAUCACGCGAUAUCUAUAAUGUAUGGCCAGUGUAAAGAAAUCGGAUCGGACAAGUGUCUAAUGGUUCCGUACGAACAAUUGGUGCUACAUCCGCGUCAAUGGAUGAAGAAGAUUCUAAACUUCCUCGACGUCCCUUGGAACGAAUCUGUGAUGCAUCACGAGGAAUUUAUCAACAAGCCAGGCGGCGUGCCUCUGAGCAAGGUGGAAAGAUCGUCAGAUCAAAUUAUAAAGCCGGUCAACCUGGAAGCAUUAACCAAAUGGGUAGGCCACAUUCCGGAUGACGUAGUUAGAGAGAUGCCUGACAUCGCGCCGAUGCUUUCUGUGCUCGGCUAUGAUCCUUAUGCUAAUCCACCGGUGUAUGGAGCGCCGGAUAGAUUGGUUAGCGAAAAUACUAGACGAGUGUUGGCCAAUGGUGAAGUAUGGGCAGCCAGGGCGCGUCAAUUCUCUUUGGAGAAGCUGAUUGAGCUAAGCAAAGAGGACGAGGCCACCAACGCCCCAAACGCGUGACCUCGGAUAUAUCUUCCUCUAGGCGCGCAAAUCUUGAAUCUGUACAAUUUCUGUAAUGUCUAACGACAACUUUGAAAGAAACAAUUUGUAACGAAAAUCAUUGGAAGAGCGUCAAAAGAGUUUCUUUCAUCCGAAGUCAGAGUCAUACUCAAACGCUUAUUGUCGAGGGAAUUCGAAAAUAGCGAAUUCUAACUUGACGAAAAGAGAUCCAACUAGAUGGUUAAUUCUCGAUUAUGCGUACACGUUCGAUCUCGACUCGAUCAGACACGGCGGAAUUGUGGAUUAUAGUGCAAUUUUUUUUUUAUGCUGCGGACAGUUACCCUCUUCGUAUGUGUUAACCGGUAAAUGUUUAACUUCCACUCGAACCGUGAAUAUAAUAACUUGCUCACUUUGCGUGAUUCGGUACUAUUCUUCUGUACGAUUCCACAGUUGAACGAUAAUUCGCUGAAUCAAGCAAAGUGUAAAUGCAACAAAAAUGCGACAAAGUGCAAAAGCAAAAUGCCAUGCUAUUUUUUAAUUGCUUUGGUUUUUGUUCGUUUCUUUUUUAUUAUCGAAAUUGAUGUAAAUCUUACUGAGUACGUUGUGUUGAGGCAUUUUUUGCAUAAUUUUAUCCGAUGGCCAGUGACAAGAAUCUAGGCUAUGGAGCUAUAAUAUAAAAAAAGCGUAUAAUGUGAAUGUCGUGUUGAAUGUGGUGGAGCGAAAGUAUUGAAUCGAUGCGAAUAAAAAUCUAUGUACUAUAUUUUAUAUUGUAAUGCAAAAUAAUUUUUAUGACAUUCUAUAUAAAAGAAAAAAAUACGUUUCUACUUAUGUAAUACUUAUUUUGAAACAUGUGCGUUAAUAUAAAUCUAAAAAAGAAAA